AUGUCGAUGGAUAGCUAUCACACCGCAUCAUCUGCAAUUACCUUACCAGCGCCUACCACCGACUCGGUUGCUCUGGGAUCUAUAGCCGCAGCAACAGAGGGCUCGACCGUCACGACCCGCCAAGUGGAAACGGAACCUUCGCUCAUUCAUCGAUUCACGCUUAUCAAGCCUGGUUCCACGCGCAGAGGAUCCGUCACCUUUACUCCUGCCUCAAACGGCCGUGGGGCUAGCCCUCCUCCACCUGAUAGCGCUCCAGGGUGGAGUCCGUUCGAAUUCUUUUUCGGAAGUGGAUAUAGCGCCAAGUGUGACUUGUGCACGAAGCGUCUCGGUUGGGGUUGGAAACCCGUCUUGGAAUGUGAUGAUUGUGGAAUGAGGGCUCAUAUCAAGUGUGGAGAAUUCGCACCAAGGGAUUGUGGACUCCGAGGACCAAGGCACGCUAGCCCUCCACCUUUCCCUGCAUCGCCCACUUCGCCCACGUCGCCCAAAUUCAAGCCGAACGUCAGGCGUAGGUCUGGAGAGGGUGCUACAGCCUCGGCAUGA